CGGCGAACCCAGCCUUUUCUUAUCCUCUUCUGCCCCCCCAAAGGCAUUCACGACCUUGUUUACGACCCACCCACACCAUAGACAUGAGCCACAGCCGCCCGCGGCCGUCUGUGCUCACCCUCUUCGACCCGCUCAGCGCCGCAAAUUCUUCCACUCCUCCACGCGAUGCGCAGGACGCUUUCACGUCUGAGGGCGAGUCUGACAAGGAGAACGAUGGUCCCGAGUCUUACUCCGACAUGGCUGGCCACUACUACGAUUCGGACAGGCUCACGAUGACCAUGUUCUUCAACCGCACCUACUCCAAGACGGCCAACGUUACCAAGCACAUAUCGCCCCUUCGGAACAGGCUUAUCGACGUGUCUAUCAGUGGCGACGAUGAAGAUGAAGAUUGGGAUGCGGAAAACGAGAACGAGAACGAGAAUGAGAACGAAAACCAGGAGAACCAGAUUCAGAACCGGUCUAACGACUCGCCAAGCUUGUCAUCCAAGGACGUGGACGGGUGCUUGCCGUCGCUGAGCGCGCUGACCCUGGACGACCUCAAGGACGAUAACGCUAAUCUAAUGCGCGCUACGACCUCUCUCAAGACGCCCAGCUCCUCGCCCAGGAAAAGGAAGGGAAGUGCCGCUUCUUGUUCCCAGCGCACCCCAUUGGCGGAUAUCUCGGUUGACGCUACGCCCAUGCCUCCCAAGCUGCCCGCUGUUGCUUUCGAGAAGGCGAACCCGUUUCUCUCGUCUAAGACCGUUGUCCGUCCCAAGACUGCUGCACAACCGCUGCAAGGCUCCCCACUCGUCUCUGUCACCAACAAGAUUGGCCUGUCGUCGGACCGAUCGGUACCCGAAUCACAUGUACAGCUCCCUGGCGAUCAGAGGGCACCCAGUGGCAUAUUAAGCGCGCAAGACCUGACUCCGACUAUCGUUAUUUCCGAGGAGGGCUAUGUGGAGGAUGGCUGUAUCGCGACGUCGAAGUCAUUUGUUGCGCUCCCCUCGCCUCCGCAGGAGCGCACCAAGGCAAAGGAACGCCCCCCUGCCGUGCGAAGCGCAAGUUCUCCGCCUUCGCAGCUCCGCCCGCGUCGCCCAAAUGCGCCGCCUGUCACCAUGAUAGAUCAAGACCCACGUCUCUCCGUCGACCUACAGGCGUCCUUCGACUGGCAGAUGCGGUGCCCCGAAGCAUCGUUUGACCUCAUCAACGACCGCGUCUCAUUCUUUGGCGGCGACUCUUUCUCGUUCGGUGAUAUGGACGCGCACGAGUUCGAUGGGGCGAACGCGGCUGCGGCUGGUGGGCGGCACCAGCAGCAGCAUCAGUCGCAGCAGCAGACUGAGCUAAACAGCAAAGUGGAGUAUCAUGUCCGUGCGAUGAGUCCACGCCUCUCCUACGGCGACUCGCCGAGUGCUGGCGGGGCGUCGCCGUUACACACGAUCAAGGAACAUUGGCAAGAGCUUAGACCCGAGAAAGACCGGCUUGCCAGGCAACGAGCUAGUAGUACAUCGCCUGGCCGUGAACUCAAGGGACGUCACGUCAGCGGUACGGUGCCUGCUAGUCCACUCGCUAAAGCGGCACAGUUGAAGCCCACCACACCUGCGACGACGAAGACGCCCGACUCCCCGUCUGGCGCGCGCAGGAGAUCCUCUACAAUCAUCGGGACCCAGCAGCCGUCUCCCUUAGCCCCAUCUCCCAAGAGUGGUGCGGUCACCAAGGCAACUUCGCCGCCCUCUUCGCUCUCGCGCAGAAGGUCUGCUACCAUCGUUGACGUCGGUGCCCAGCAGCCCACUCCCAGGUCCACAGGGCUUUCUCCCAAGCCCACCGUCUCCCCGGCCGAAAUCCCGCUUCCGAUGUCACCGCCUCCCCGCGCCGAGCUUACUUUCUUCAAGGAGAUGCCUGCGAAGUCCGCUGUUGCGCCUGUGGUCCCCAUCGCACCGGCUCCCGUGCAGGCUCUGCGGAUCGUCAAGCGCACUGCGCCCCUUGCGAACGGUGGUUCUUCCUCCGCCGCUAGCAGCACCGAGGCACUCGUACCGCCCGCGAAAGCCGUAUCUAAGCGCAAGAGCCGCACCUCGCUCGACGUGGCUCCUGCGGCUCCUGCCCAGCCGACGCUCCGCCGCAAGCCUACCCUGCGUGGUGUACAGCGACCUCCGCCUGGCGCCGUGGUCCCACCGGCCCCGGUUGCGAUUGAGUUGGCGCACCACCCCAAGCAGGCGUCGUCUGGGUCGGAAACGGAGGAACACGCCGCUGUGGCGGUGCCGAAAGCCAGCACGAAGAGCCGGCUGACGAGUCUGUCGAUGCUCCGCACCAAGGCUGCUCCCGCUCCAGACACGGUGGCUUCACCGUUGUCCCCCACGCGCAGUGCUACGCCUACGCUUUCACUGCAAUCGAAGGCGAGCGUGCUCAAGGGCACGGCGAGCAGCACGCUUAAACGGAUGGCGUCCAUGUCGGGCUCAGGGCCUGCUGCGACUCCGAAGGUGGCGUCGGGCGCCGCUCCGGCUGCUCCGGCGGUGGCGAGCAAGGGGCUGCAGUCGCGACUAUCUUCUAUAAGGGCGGGCACGGGUAAUGCUAGUGCGUCGGCGCUGCCACGGCCUACGGUUGCGGCUUCGAAACUUCCGGUGCCUGGUGCUGGAAGCACGAAGACUGCUCGUAGUAUUGGGCGUGGCGGGAGCAUCUGGCGCGGGUGAGCGCCUCACCCUUGGCUGGGUGUUCCGGACGGAUCAACAAAGUUUAAAGUCACUUAUCGACAUCAAUUAAGGCUCAAGUUCAAGGUUCAAGCAUCUGUUAUCAAGGUUCAAACGUUCCAAAGUUUAGGCAUCAAGGCAUCAAGGUUACCGUUCAUUGUGCUACGCGUAUACUACUGCACGCUACUAACUGUCUCACAUCGUACAACGUACAAGUGUACGACUCUCAUUGCAAGCAAGCGGAUCCUACAUAUCAUAAGAACGCGAAGAGACGAUUAAACGUUAUCGUUAUCUAGUCCUAUGUCACCAGCUAUCCAGCAAUUGUCCUCAUUCGCUCGCAUCUCGCUGCGCAUCCAUGAUAUGUCCCCUCUCAUUGCCACUACUAUAACUCUUAACUCAUUACCCCCUUUUCCACUGUCCAUCCCCAACCAAUUCUUCAUCCUUAAAUGACUCUCCUACAUACUGGUGCAUUGUCGCGUUGUCUUCGCUGUUGUUGUCGUCACCGCGUAUAUGUCCCUUCCCCCUGCGCUUUUGUACAUAGUCGAUACCACUGGACCAUCAGGCCUCGGAAAUUAGGCUCGUACAUAGCGGUAUUUAACCAAUAAACACUUAUGCAUGUU